AUGCAAAUACAUGAAUCAGCGCGAUUGUUGUGGCUACUUUGGCUAGCUUUGAUGUGGCCAAUAGCUGUAAGUGGCAGCACUGACGACCAUUUGCGAGAGCUGCUGACCACAGAAACCGAACUCAUCGAUGCACUGCGUGAUUAUAUUGAUGCACUCGAUGAGCAAAUUGAAGUUAUCAAAAGCGAGACGGCGACCAUUGAGCAAAUACAUCGGCAGGUAGGCGACCAGGUGGUUGAGCAUGUGGGCAAUCCCCUUAAUGUGCUCAACAUACUGACGCGUUUCAAUAGUGUUUGGCCAUUGCUUGAACAGCAAGCGAAUGCUACUCACAACCUGGCUAAAAAUCUGCCCGACUACGAGACGGAACUGCAGUUACCCAGCGAGGAGGAAUAUGAGGUUGCGUUGCUCAAUUUGCUGCGCCUACAAUCUGUCUACGACCUCAAACCAGCCACCCUCUCACUGGGCAUAGUCCAUGGCAUUAAGCUGGGUUCGGUUAUGUCUUGGAGCGAUUGUCUCGAAAUGGCACGUAACUCGGAUGGAAAUGGAGACUAUGCCGUAGCAAAAUAUUGGCUGGACACGGCACUGGGAAAACUGCCAGAUGGAAACAAUGUGACUACCUCAGUCAGCGAACAGGAACUUGGCAAAGUACAGAUACUUGAGACAUCUCUCAAUAUGGAUUACCGGGCAGGUGAAUAUUUGAGCGCACUCAUAACUGUUAAAGAAUUGCUCCAACUGCGACCGACAAGCCAAAAAUUUGAAAAGCUGAAGGCCCAGAUUGAACGAGCAUUAAACGGAAGUCAGGAGAAAUUACCAAAACGCAAAACACAAGAGGCAAAGCUACCAAAAUCCGCGGAGCAACAGUUUGUCGACGAGCUUUGUCGUUCGGGUACCCAUCAACCCAUAACAGGGAGUCGCUUUACGGAGUGUCGUCAAGAUAACUCCAAUCUGCGCAUGCUACGCCUGGAGCAGCUAAGUGAAGAUCCACACAUAAUGCUAUAUCAUGAUAUACUCAACUCCCGGCAGACUGAGAAGCUAAUUGGUAUGCUGGAUGAAGAGUCGCAAGUGCAGCACUCGAAAAGUGUUGCCUUUGCGCCCUUGAAAUUGUCGAAGGUAGCGCAGAAAGGGAUGCGUAGCAUCCACUUUCAACUGGGACUUAGCAGUGCAGUGCCACAGCUGUGGCAGGCACGUCGUCAUAGCCACGAGCACGUGACGCCACCAGAGGAGCCAUCAGCUACAUCGGGGCAUGUGGCACGUGCGCUGCUUAAUCUGCAAGAGGCCAGGCUGGGCGGCGCCGUUGUCUUUCCACAGUUGGAGCUCAGCGUGAAUGUCCCACAAGGCUCACUGCUUCGCUGGAGCAUCCGCAGCCUAAACGAGUUCUCAGCAACCUCCAGUCCGGACUAUCGCAGUCGCCAGCUAAUCUGCCCGGUGCUGCUGGGCACUCAGUUGUCGGCUUGGACUAUGCUCAGUUAAAACCCGGCAACUGUUUUGAAUCCAAAAUGAA